AUGGGUCCCAACACUUCUCGUCACCCUGCUGCCCAAUACGCCUCAGUUGUCCCGCAGGCUGAUAGGAGGAUAUCUACGUCUUCUGAGGGCGCCAGCCCGCCUGGAGAGAUGCACGCUGGAGAGACAGCUGAGAUGCGAGAGCGUCGGAGAGCACAAAAUCGCCUUGCCCAACAAGCUUUCCGCGCCCGGCAAAAGGUCAGAGUCGAGGCGCUCGAGAACGAAUGGGCGCAACUUCGACAGCUGCACGAAGCCCUGAACCAGGCCUGCUCGCAGCGGGCCAAGGAGAUCAAACAGCUAGAAUCGCGAGUCGAGGAGUUGCUUCACAACAUUCAACUCCUGAAGAGCUCGCAGGAAAUCGAGAGAAAUUGGUCCUCAUCGCCCACGACGCCAGAGCAACAACAAUAUACUCAGGCGAGUGCAGUUACAGUAGCCGAGGCUGAUCUGCGAAAUUUCUUCAGCGGAGGUGGACUCUCAGAAUUACCUGACUUUCCACCAUCAUUCAAAUCGUAUUGA